AUGGCCUCCAAGUACUCGGGACAUAGAAGUGAUCUUCGCCGAUAUCAAGCAAGCACUCAUGGGGUUAAGCAUCAACACUCAUCAUCUCAAUCAACCGACCAUUGCCCAAACAACACUGUUCGUCAAACACCACACCAUAUACACACAACUGCUUCAAACACUCAAGUCCAUCCACAAAUUCUGAGCCAAGAGACCCUCGAUCAACACACUAUUCACCAAGCCCAACUGACUCAAAAUCCAUAUCAUACGCACGUUGUCUUACAAAACGAGAUCCGGAGCCUUCAGAAUGGGUUCAGUUCCCUUGGUGUCGACGUCCCAUUUGAUCUUUAUCAAAAGGAAAUAGGCGUAUACCACGCCUAUAAUGAUGGGAUAGAGAGUCCUCCUCGGCAGUAUUUCACUGCCGACAAUCCAUAUAACUCCCAAAGCCAAUUGUACACUCCGGAUCCAAUCUCCACACAACCUCAUCCGCUAUCUCAUGGAUACUCGAUUCAAUAUCUCGCUCCCGCGAGCACAGCCUCACAUACUAUCCAGCCCACAAGGGGUGAUUGUACAUGGUCCGAAAUAAGUCAUGAGUACGAUAGCAACGAGCAGGAUGUGAUGGGUUCAAGUAAUGAGCUAUAUGGUACAGGAGCUCAAUUCCAAGUUUUUUCACAUGAUAUUCAACAGUAUCUUGCUUCGGUCUCUCAAUUGGAGAUAGAUACAAUGCUAGGAUCGUGA